GCUCCCGGUCCCCGGCCCCGCGGCUGCGGCUUCUGCUCGGGAGGCGGCGGCGGCGGGAGCGGCCAUGGAGGCAGGCGGCGGGGCCAGCGCGGGAGCCGCGGGCUGGAGCUGCCCCAGCCCAGGACCCACAGUAACCACUUUAGGCGCUUAUGAGGUAUCUGAGGGUUGUGAGAGGAAGAAAGGCCAACGCUGGGGGUCCCUGGAACGCCGUGGGAUGCAAGCUAUGGAAGGGGAGGUGUUACUUCCAGCUCUGUAUGAGGAGGAAGAGGAGGAAGAGGAGGAGGAAGAAGAGGAAGAGCUCGAAGAAGAUCAAGUGAAGAAAGGAGGGAGUUUGGGGUCCCUGUCCAUGAGCAAGCACCGGGGCCUGAGCCUCACAGAGACAGAGCUGGAGGAGCUAAGGGCUCAGGUGCUCCAGCUGGUGGCAGAGCUAGAGGAGACCCGUGAGCUUGCUGGGCAGCAUGAGGAUGAUUCCCUGGAGCUUCAGGGGCUCCUGGAGGAUGAGCGGCUCGCCAGUGCUCAGCAGGCAGAAGUAUUCACCAAGCAGAUCCAGCAGCUUCAAGGUGAGCUGCAACAUCUGCGAGAGGAGAUUUCCCUGUUAGAGCGUGAAAAAAACAGUGAACUUAAAGAAAUAGAGCAGGAGUUGCAUUUGGCUCAGGCGGAGAUCCUGAAUCUGCGGCAAGCUGCAGCAGAUUCUGCAUCUGAGCAUGAGAGUGACAUCGCAUCCUUGCAGGAAGAUCUCUGCCGGUUGCAGAAUGAACUCGAUGACAUGGAACGCAUUCGAGGGGAUUAUGAGAUGGAGAUUGCCUCGCUCCGUGCAGAAGUGGAAUUGAAGACAUCGGAACCAUCUAAUUUAAGUGUCUCUGACUUCUCUGGGAUACAAGAAGAACUACACCAGCUUCGGGAGCGCUACCACUUCCUGAAUGAGGAGUACCAGGCCUUGCAGGAGAGCAACAGCAGCCUCACUGGGCAGCUUGCUGAGCUGGAGAGUGAUAGGACGCGAAGAGCCACAGAACGAUGGUUGGACUCCCACAUGCUAAGGAGCGUGAUGUCAGCAGAGUCUCAGACUUCAGAACUGGAUUUCCCAGAGCCUAACCCUGAGAUGCAGCUUCUGCGCCAGCAGCUGCUGGGAGCUGAGGAACAGAUGCAGGGCAUGCAGACCAAGUGUAAGGACUUGUGUUGUGAGUUGGAAGAGCUCCAGCAUCAUCGCCGGGUCAGUGAGGAGGAGCAGAAGCGGCUGCAGAGGGAGCUCAAGUGUGCCCAGAAUGAGGUGCUUCGGUUUCAGACCUCCCACAGCGUCGCCCAGAAUGAGGAACUGAAGAGCAGGCUCUGUGCCCUGCAGCAAAAGUAUGAUGCUAGCCAGGAUGAGCACAAUGAGCUUCUGAAGGCGCAGUUGCAGCUUCAGACUGAGCUCCGCCAGCUUAAAGUCCUCAGAUCCACACCUGUAGAGAGCCAAAGUGAGAAGGAGUUAAGGUGCCAGCUCCAGAAGCUGCAGGUCCAGCACCAGAGCAAUGUGUGUGAGAAGGAAAAGCUGCUGGAAGCGCAGCAUCACCUGCAGGACAAGCUGAGGUGCCAUGAGACAGAGCUGCAUCAUCUCCGAGGCGUGGUGGACUGCUUGCGAGAGAAAAAUGAUAAGAAUACAGGGAUGCAAGCCCAGCUUCAGGAGAUGAAGGGACUGUAUCAGUGCAGCCAAGAUGAGCUGGAUCGGCAGAAGCACAUGUAUGACCAGCUGGAGCAGGAAUUCCUGCUCUGCCAGCAGGAGCUGUCAGAACUCAAGACCAGCCAGCCUGUUUAUGAUGACGAGGGAAACUGUUCCAACAAGUGUGAUGCACUGCUGUCCAGACUGACAGAAUUGCAGGACAAGUUCAAAGCCUGCCAGCAGGAGAUGGGGCGCCUGCAGAUGGAGCAGUGUGAACUCCUGGAGGAUCAGAGGAGACUGCAGGAGGAGCAGGGCCAGCUGCAGGAAGAGUUGCACAGGCUCACAUUCCCACAACCCAAAAGUGGCCUCUUGCAGAAGAGUCAGGAGCUGCUCUCAAAGUUACAAGACCUGUGUGAGAUGCAGCUGCUCUACCAAAGCAUGCAGGACGAACAGAGAAAACUGAUAAAGAAUCAAGAGAGUGUGUUAAAGGAACAGUUAGAAGCACACAGAGAACUUCGAGGUUUCAAAGAGUCUAAUUUCCAGGAAGUGUUGGCGAACCCUCAGGAUGCCAAAGGGCCUAAAUCCUCCAGUUGUGAGAAUAAGUCCAAGGUGCUUAUGGACCAGCUGCAGGCUCUGCAGGCACUAUACGACAGCAGUCAGAAGCAGCAGGAGGUCCUGCAGCAGGAGCAUGGGCGGCUCCUGGAAGAGCGGAGGAGGCUGCAGGCUGAGCUACAGCUCUGCAUGGAAGAAAUGCAGCUGCUCCAAACUCAGUCCCCCACCAUAAAAAUGAGCCUUGAGUCCUACAGGAAGAACCUAGGCAGCAUGCCCCCCAGCAGUGAAAGCUUCCACAGGAGUUACGACAGCCCCAUCGAGGACAGUGAAUGCUAUCAGAAGAGUUACGUAAGCUCGCAGGCCAGCAAUGAAUGCUUCCUCAAGAGCUACGACAGCAGUGCCAGCUGCAAUGAGGCCUACCAGAAGAGCUACCGCUCCAGCAACACGAGUGUUGCCUAUAAGAAGAGCUACGGCAGUGCCGCUAGCUCCGAAACCCUUUACAAGAGUUACGUUAGCGGUGGCACUGACGAGGACCCAGCUGAGCCUGAAGACAUAGAGCACUUUGAGGAAACAGUGGCCAAGGUGUUGACCAAGUUGCAGGCAGUGAAGGCCCUGUACCAGGUGAGCCAGGAGGACCACUGCCAGCUGCAGGAGCAGAUGAGCAAGCUGCUGGUGAAACAGAGAGAGCUGAAGGACGAGCUGGAGAUCUGUGAGAAGGAGUUGAAGGAGUGCAUGGAGAGCCUUGAGAGGCCCACAGCUCCCCAGUGCGACAAGAGUGAGAUCAAAGAACUGCAGACUAAGCUGCGGGAGCUGCAGCUGCAAUACCAGGCUAGCAUGGAUGAGCAGGGGCGGCUUCUGGCAGUGCAGGAACAGCUGGAGGGGCAGCUGCAGUGCUGUCAGGAAGAACUCCGCCAGCUCAAAGAGAGCAGGUCCUCUAUUGGCUCCGAGGCCAGGGGGAAGAAUGGCAAUAAGAACAUGAACAAGAAUGCCAAUGGCGUGAAAAACAAGAAGCUGAGCAAGGCAUGCUCAGAGAGCUCGGAUGGCAGCUCUGACAACAGAAAGAGUCUGGAGGUGGUGCUGUACUACAAGGCCAGCCAGAGGAAAUUAGAUGAGAUAGCCAAAGAGGAAAAAGAGAUGGAAGAGGCAAAAAGGAAAGAAAAGCAAGACAAGAAAGACUUGUGUGAACUAGCUAAUAAGCCACCAGACCAUAGGGAAGAGCCUGCAUUCGUAAAAGAGGAGGACGGGGACUAUGAAGAGUACCACCGAGAAGGGGAGGAUAAGGAAGACAAUGAAGAGGAGGAGGAGUCUUCUGAGGAUGCUGAGGAAGGCAACCCUCUUACGCUUUCUGAGAGCAGAAAGGUAACCACAGCCAAGGCUGGAUCGAGUGGGGAUGAGCUGGGGCUCAGGUGCCCUGGUUUUCAGGACUGGCCCUGCCAGGGGUACACUUCUACAAGAGUGGAGGCCAGACUGUGUGGUGGGCCUGGGUAUGAGAAUGGGAAGGGGCUGGCGAAGGAAAAUGACAGGUGUAGACAAGUUCCAUUGCACAAUGACUGCCUUUUCUUGGAACCAAGGUCACUUACGCUAUGUGUAGCUCUCGGUCACCUCCCUCUGUCAACAGUGUCCCCUCAUUCCGCUCCCUGACACAGAGGACCUUGAUGAUGUAAGCCCUUCUUCAUUUCUGCUAGGCUCAGCAAAUCACUUCAUCCUCUUUUUCCCAUGAUACCCUGUGAGAGCCAACCCUUGUUAGUGCUGUAGCUUGUGGGCCUGUAUCACCCACUAGGUUCUGCAUGUCAUAGAAUGUGAGAGUUGGGCCUCUGGAGUGUACGGGUGAUGCUCCAAGUCAGUCUGCACAGCAGGCACACUGACCAGUCUGCUACCAGUCACUGCUCUCAGCCUUUAGUUCCUGGGCCUUUGAGAGAGAGAGAGUGUGUGUGUGUGGGGGGGGUUCUUGAGGUAUAUGCAGAUAACAGAGGUAACUUAGCUGCUUAGAGAAGUGUUUUCAUCUUUUAGCAACUGACACAUUUCCAUUGGUAUGUAUCAGCCCAGUUUACAGUACAGAAAAAUGUCUCUUGUGAUAGGUUAUCCCACUCACUUUAUAGAUAUCUGGAAUUUUCCAGCAGUUCGGUUUACAUUACUGGUUCAUGAUCCAGUAUACAGUUCCCUGUUAACUGUGAGGUGAAGGACUUGUUACUUAGGAUGUAAACAGGAGUAACUAUAGCCCUUCCCCAGGCCAAUGUUUCUUUUGAACUUAUAUUCUACCACAGACUGGUUCAGAGCUCAUAGACUUGACCUCAAGGACCACUUUUCUAAAUCGAAGCUUGACUUCUGUACUUCAAAGUCAAAAGCAUUGUUGAUGUCUAUAUAUGUAGAUGCCCUUUUGUCUCAGUGGAUCCUGAAUGUUUUGCAGACAGCUCAACUGGCAUUCAUAUUAUUACAUACAAAUUCAGUUUCUCUCUAACCUCUAUUGUUAGAUUGAUGUAGUACAUUUUGUCUCACAAAGCAUUGGAUUCCUAGGGGAUUUUGGGAAUUAGAGCUCUGCAUACUUCUAAAACUGAAGGAAAGGAAAGCUGGUAGGUGGCUGGCUCUUCUUGGAGUGAUCGAGCAAAAAGUAUCUACCUGAUUCCUGUAAGGAAGCCCACUGUCCUCUCUGAAGCUCCACUUUUCCAGAGUGUCUGACUCAAGAAGAAAGAUUAGGUGCCGGUAAUUUCUGCUUGAGAAGACAUGCGCUGUACAUGACUAGAGAGGACACUGCUCCAGGUACCUAAUUUGGACCUGUCUGCUGCUUAACUCAGUUUUGCAACUGUUGCAGGCUUCCUGUAUGAGGAACUCCUCUGCUCUUCUCAAGGCUCUGGGAGCAGAGAAGAAAUGCCAUUGCUCCAGCUUAUGUGGUUUUUAACCUUUGAUUCUUUUCUCUUUUCCCUUUGUUCUCUCAUCUUCAUUAUCUGUUGGAUCUGUGUGUUUGUGUCUUUUCAUACAACCACGCGUCCCCCGGUCUCUCCUGUGCUUCUCAUUUGACAUGUUGCAGCCAUCCCCUGCCCCAGAUCCCCCCAUAUUCUCCUUGCCUCUUGUAGGCCUGGUGGUCAUAUCAGCUCUGCUCUGGUGCUGGUGGGCUGAGACAGCGUCCUAACCCAGGUACUGGUAUGGCUUCCUCUUCCCCUCAGCUUCUUACUCCUCCCAUGACACAAUAGGCGAUGCUCAGGUCUGAGGUGUAGCCCUGGCUUUUUCUGAUUUUGGUGCAAAACAUACAAGCCUUCUUGAGCAUGUCAUGAUGUACGUAGUGCACAGGUAGUUGGGAUGCUUACCAGAGGCACAGUUUGAGUUUCUGUCCUUGGCACAUCUCUGUUGCUAUAGAAAAAAAGCUACCAAGCUACUUCUGAUGAGCUGAUGUUUGCCUGCAAGGCAGGCCUGAGCUUUGUCUUUGUUUAAACCCCAGAGACAAGCUUUUGCCAAUGUUCCCACCCAGAAGAAAUUACUCCCUGUGCUUACGGGUAAGAGGGGAUCCAAAGAGCUGUGAUCUUUCUGAUCCUCUCAGGAACACUUGGAUGACAGCACCCUCAGCUGGUCCUUCCACCGUGGUAGAAGUAGAACUGAAUCCCUGCCGUAGUAUGUAUUCCCACCUUAAAAGGUCUCUAGCUUGGAAUUUCUGCUUACCAGAAAAACGACAACAAAAUCCCAGGAAAUUAUGUACAGUUGUGUUCAUUCUUUUGGUGGAUCAGAUUCCAUUAUAAGUGGCUUCUCAAGCCAGGCUUCUGGAGAGGCUGUGAUGUUGGUGGAAAGUUCCUAAUGAGUAGAGAUGCAGAUAUUCUCAGGAAUCAAGACAGAUGUGGUCUGGGCACCUCUCCAUUGGCCUAGCUCAUGUCAUCUGGUCUGUUGACAGAAUUUCCAGUUUAGGAUGAAGAUUGUUUGAUGGUCUAAGGUAGGAACCUGUGGUUCCACCUGCCUCCUGGAACCUGUAAGUUCUAUUCUGACUUCCUUGUCAGACUCAGCUACUUCUCUCUCUCCUCUACCUCUUUAAAUAAAUACAGCUGGCUUAAUGCAAAGUUCCAGAGUGACAGCUUUCGUUGGUGACAACCCUCACCAUUUCCAUAUAUAUGUAUAACAUUUAUUUGGGGAGCUUCUGUGUGAAGGUCAGAUGACAACUUUCAGAGUCUUGUGGUUUUUCUUCUGCCCUGUCUGAACCAGUGAUGGAACUCUGUCAUCAGCAUAGCAACAAGGGACUUUACCUAUUGAACCAACUUGCCUCCCCUCCUGGUUUCUUUAAUCCUCCCUCUUUAAUCUUCUCGCCAUCCCCCUGCCUCCAGCCUUUCUCUUUUCUUUCUUUUAGGCUGUUCAGUUACUUCCCAUGACAGUCUUUAGUUCCUUUCAUGUGACGGGGAUCUCUCCUUACACCUGUUCCUCCACGCAUACUUCCAGAAGUCUCUGAAGUCCCUGUGGAAUGAGACAAGGGAUUCAGCCACAGCCUUUUGCCAGGCUUCACCAUGCGCCAUCAGAGUGCAGGGAAGGCACUGUGGUUAAGGGUUCUCUUGGGAGCCAUUUGUGCCCUGAGCUCUGGCCAAAUCCCCAGUGUACAGCUUCUCCCCAGAUCUCGAGGCACCAUUGGGUAGAAGUCAGUGACAAGCGACAGGAGCUUGACCGAGUCUACUUCCUCCUGUUAGCUUUGUUCC